CAGUCUUGCCAAUUUUUCCUUUCUCUCUCUUCCUAGCUAUUUUUUCCCCUUUUUUUUUUUUUUGGGAAAAAAAGUUAAUUUUGCCUAGCUUGAGCACGACUUUUGCCAGGCGAUAGUGCAGACUGAUACUCUGCUAGCUACAUGGAUGUGUACGUACCAGUUACAUAGAGCGCAUGUUAGCUAGCAGCCCAACGAACCCUAGUGUAGAAUCUUCUGUUUGCCUCUUUUAUUUCAUACAUACUCCAUACUCUUUUCACCAUUCAGCAUCUCUAUACGAAAAUUCAGAACAGAUACUUAUAUUAACUACUAAAAUCAAGUGGAUUGCUGUAGAAUUUCGAACUCAAAUCCAUAAAGUUCAAAUCCUGGAUCCGCCUCCUAUAUCAUUCAGUCUGAUCUUUGGUAUCAUGGAAGAGCAGAAUCAGCCAAAUGCCCUAGAAGCACAAUGGGGAUUUCUUGGAAGUACAAAUGAUUCUUAUUAUCUAGCGGGCCCUGAACUUAACAAGCAGUACAUGGCAGGAGUUGGAAUUGAUGGGAUCCAUUAUCUUCCUGUGCCUUCACCUCAAUGGAUCCAUAACCAGCAAACACCACAAAAUUAUGUUGAAUAUCUUGCAGAGAAUGUGGUCUCUGAGGUUCAAGUUGAUGCUUCCGCAGAAGCUUCUGGUUUCAGACUAGUUGAUGGCUCUGCUGACAUGAUAGCGCAGGAGAUAAGAUAUCCGAGUCCUUAUUAUGAAGGGGUUCCACUCGACUUUUUAAUUGGCUCAGAACAUCAAGUUGGUGCCUUGACAUGGGAGCCAACAGGAGAUGUCAGGCAUGCUUCUGGACCUUGCUCUGAAGCAUUAGCUGCUGGAUCAUCGUAUCCUUCCAAAAGUUCUAGAAAAGCAAGGGCUGCAUUGUCUGAUCGACGUCGCAAGAUGAGAAUUGCUGAACGAAUAGACGCAUUCCAAGAAUUGUUUCCAUGCUCUAAACAGGGUGGAAGAGCAUCUCUGAUGGAUGAAGUUAUCGACCACAUCAAAAAUCUGCAGUUCCAGAUAAAGGAUCUCACAAGGAGCAGAUUGGGAGGUGAACCUUCUUCUAUCCCAUUUUUAUUCGUUGAGGGUUGUGGACAUUACAUUCUUGAUGAACAACUGAUUGAACCUCUGGAAGAGACAUUGCGCAAGUUGCUGGAAGUGAAUCCCUCAAUGGCAACUCAACUGCUGGAGAAUAAGGGCCUAAUUUUUAUGCCUAUGGCUCUGGCAGAAGGAAUGCAUCAUCAUGAGUAGAAACUGAGAACAGGUCUACAUAUAACUUUUCAUGUUUUCUUAUGGCAGAGAAAUCUGAAGUGGUAAUUAGGCAAGAAAAAUAUCGUAUGCUUUUGUAUAAGCAAAGCUCAAGAGGAUUUGUCUUUGUACAUAUCUUCUCCCUGGCUGGUUGCUUGUUCCAACUUUCACUAUCAAUUAGGUGCUCAUUUUCUGCUUUA